UCCAAAGUCCGCCGGUGGGGGGAGCGAUAAGGCAGUAAGAUGCUAACCUCUGCCCGCUGUCCAGGCCGGGCGGCCGCAAGCUGUGUGAGUGUAGGCUUGGUGCCGCCUCGGCAGCGUGGCGAGCCCCUAGCAAUCCCGCAGACACAUUCCUGGGACGGGGAUAGUGCUGGGCCCCGGCUGAACGUUCCCGAAAGGACAGCGUCCGCGCCUCUCAGUCCGCGGGCUGCCGUGAGGCAGGAAGCUCAGCAGCUGAGAGGCGUUUGCUGCGCAGGCCCAGCCAUGGCCGCGCCGCGGAGCCGGCGAAACAGUGACUAUUACAAGAGCUGUGGAGAGUGAACAGAGAAGUUACUUCAUGAAGUACCUGAGCAGAAAGUCUUUCUGCUGAGAAGAAAUCAGAAGUCUUUCAUGCAUGACCAAAGACUGCACUAAUGUUGGAAGGUCUGUGGUGAAGAGGCCAGUGCAGAGCGGGAGCUCACCAACGGACAGAAGCAGCCUUUAGAUUAAUUCCAGCCUGCACGAGACACAGAAUUGCAGCAGAAGAUGAUAAAAGGCUCUGGAUAUUCCACCAUGGCUGAGCAUCAGAAUCAGGAAGAGAAGCUCCGGGACGCCCUAAGGAUCACUGCCUAUGUCUUCAGUACAGGCCUGCUUGUGUUCACUGCCUUGGUGAACUCUGUUUCUUGGUUCGUGCAGAGGUUCUUGGGCACUCCAGGCCGCUUCUGGCAAACAACAUGGCUAAAAUUCUACUACCAUUACGAGGGAGAUGAGUGGACAAUCUUUCUCCUUGGGGCUGCACUGGUGCCUGCCCUGGCUUUCUGGUGCUUCAAUGGAAUCCUCCUGGUGGCUGACGUGACAGGAAAGCCAACUUUCAUCACUCGCUAUCGCAUCCAGCUGGGCAAGAAUGAUCCUGUGGACACAAAGAAACUGCGCCAAGCCAUCUACACAGCGCUGUGUAAUCAGGUCUUUGUCUCCUUUCCCAUGCUUGUGCCCAUGUUUUAUGUCAUGCAGUGGUGGGGCAACACCUUCAGCAAGGAAUUACCCACUUUCCAGUGGUUUCUUGUGGAGCUAAGCAUCUUUACCUUAGUAGAGGAAGUUCUCUUCUAUUAUUCACACAGGCUCGUUCACCACCCGGUCCUGUAUAAGCACAUUCACAAGAAGCAUCAUGAAUGGACAGCCCCCAUUGGUGUGGUCUCCAUUUAUGCUCACCCAAUAGAACACAUAAUCUCCAACACGCUGCCUGUCAUGACUGGCCCAAUGAUCCUGGGGUCCCACAUUGUCUCCAUUGCUGUCUGGUUCUCCCUUGCUCUGAUAACAACAAGCAUUUCACACUGUGGCUACCACCUGCCUUUCCUGCCCUCUCCAGAGUUCCAUGACUUCCACCACCUCAAGUUCAACCAGUGCUAUGGUGUCCUGGGAGUGCUGGAUUAUCUGCAUGGAACAGAUACAGUGUUCAGACAAACCAAAGCCUACAAGAGACACAAGAUCCUCCUUGGCUUCACACCACUCUCAGAAAGCAUCCCUGAUGCAGCAGAGAAGGCAGAGUGAGGCCAGCAGCCUGCAGUUCCUGCAGAGCAAGAGACAGUGAUUGAUGCCAAAUAGUAUUGAAUUGGGAACGAGCUGUUGUUGUUCACACCUAACGAAAGCCGAAGCUGAACUUAAAACAUGCUGCUUGAAAUGAC